AUGGCCGAGGAGAUGCUCAUCGCUAGGGUUCACGUACAUGUGAAAGUCUUGCAGGUGCGUGGCGCUCAAUACAAAUAUCGCGGUCACGUUGUCCACUUCCUUCGCAAUGUUGGCAGGCACUUUGAAGAGCUCCCAGUCCUACCUGAAGAGCUAGAUAUCGUCCUCCUGCGGCCUCCUAAUGUGGAGGGCGACCCUCGCUUCCGGCAACAGUUUGCUCGCGAUUUCCGGGUUGUGGAAGAGGACCCUAGCGAUGCCGAUGCAUCAGCGAUCCCGAAUUUGCAGGUCACUGAUACCGAAUUGAACGCUCUGCAGUCCCGAUUUCUUGAUGGGACCCCUAACCCUGAGCGCAUGACUGAUCUGGAGUAUAUGCCGCGUAGCGCGCAGACUGACCACCAGAUGCCACUGCCUUCCAUUCGCAGGACCCCUAUCGACGAAUUCAACCGUUCCCAGCCGCUGUUAACGCUCGCGUUCCCUACCCUCUACCCUGACGGCAAGGCCGACUUCGUGGAGCCUCGCUUACGGAGCAUCACGUAUCAGGACUACCUUGGCCAUGCGAUGAGAUGGCAUGACGGACGUUUUGCCCGCCAUAAGACGUGGCCUUUCGUCGCCCUCAAUACGAUGUUACAGGAAGCGAUGGCUGAGCCUGACGAGCCGGAGGCUCAGGCGCUGAUCCAGUCAAUCACGCGCCAAGCCGCGGUAAUCAGGGGCACCCGGCCACCUGGCCUUUUCGUUACUGCAAAGUGGAAAGCAGCUCCUGAGGCGGCGCGCAUGGUCCUGUCCCGGCAACUACUGCGAGACAACGCCCACAUCGCCGCUUACCACUUCCAUAAGCGUUAUACGCUGUUUAGGACUAUUGUCCUGAAGCAGAAGUUCAACCUAACGGACUUUUGGGGCCGUUACGAGUGGGGCGAGAGGAACGAUGGCCAGGUUAACCACUACAACCGCUUGCUUACCGUUGCGUGGCUAGCCAAUACAGAUGUUUCGCCCUGCACGAGCCUCCAGCAGGUAAUCGAUUACGCGGCCAAAUACUGCUCCAAGUCGGAAAAGAAGAGCGAGUCUUUUGCCCAGAUUGGGAAGGCUUUGAUGCCCCGGGUCAAGGACCACAACCCCCUGAUUUCCUUCGCGUCAAAGCUCCUCAAUCAGCUGGUUGCUGAGCGGGAUUACUCGAAGCAGGAGGAGGAUCUUGACCUACUUGGCCGCCGCGAUAUCGACGUCAAUUACGACUGGACACGGCAUGUGGGUACUUAUCCGGAACUUCGAGACGGCUACUGGAAAGACCUUAUCGCUAGCCACCCCAUGGCCAACGAUGUCGAGGUCCUUGGCCCUCACUGGCGUAAUACGCUGAACCCACAACAACGGCUCGUGUACGACACAUUCAUGGGUCACUUCCAGGCGCAAAUCCUACUCAAAUCCUUCUCCACGUUGAUGGCGGUGGUGGCACAGCAGCCGCCCUACCGAAUCCUAGCCCUAUUUGCCGCGUGGCGCCAACAGGCGUUGCGAUCCCGCCUACGGCACGUCAAAUACCUCGUGAUCGAUGAAAAGAGCAUGCUAGGGCUUGAGCAGCUCGCGCGGAUCGAUUCCCGUCUGCGGCAGGUCUUUCCACAGCGUAGCCUCGAGUUCUUCGGUGGUGUGAGCGUCUUGCUUGUGGGCGAUUUCUUCCAGUUACCACCAGUCCGACAGAAGCCCCUGUAUUCGACUAGCACCAGCCUGUCUUCGUUGGAAAGGAGAGGACAGGUGGCCUACCGGCUAUUUGACCGCACCGUCUUCCUGACCACGGUACAGCGCCAGGUUGGUGAUGACCAGGCCCAGUUCCGUCAGGCGUUACAGGAACUGCGUGAAGCCAGGUUGACGCAGAGCGAGGUUGACGGCUUCAGGACCGCUUUGCGAGUGUAUUCUACAAAGGCCCGGGUGGAGGCAAAGAAUCAGGGCAACGGCGCGGGACAGGCAUCAAGCGACAGUGCUGGCAACCUAUCUAACAAGUUCCCUGUUGCUAAGGGCACCAGGGUGAUGCUCACGACUAAUCUGUGGCAGCCAGCUGGCCUGGUUAACGGUGCUCAGGACCCCCCAGCCGUUAUUAUGGUGGACUUUGAUAGCUACGACGGACCGCCGUAUCUAACAACUAACGAGGGCAGGAAAAUCUCACCCAUCCUCCCAAGCCUAACGAAGGAUCAAAUAGUUACUGAUCUCGCUACACGCGACUUCCAGGCCGGCAUUAGCUAUGUUGCUGUGUCACGGGUUACCUCGCUGCAAGGCUUACUCCUUGAGGCGCCUUUCGAUCGUCAGAGCCUCUAUAACCACACGCCUGCGUUUCCUACGUACCGCGUUCACGACUAA